UUCUGCAUGAAGUCGACAACACCACAGGGUUGAGGAUGCUGGGAAAUGUCAAGUGAAACCCCGCCCCAUCUUGUGUUUCUGUGCGACCUACAUCUGUUCUUAUAAUACAUCCAUGCCCGGAUCCCCUGUGCCGCGUUACGUCUCAUGGAAUUAUCCUUUUUCAAAACUAGAGACGUAAACUACAUCAACACUCCAGUAGCAAAGACGACACUGAAGCGAAAUAGCCAACACGGGAAAAGGCAUACAAAAGUCAUCACUUAAGGGCGAAGAUGGUUUCAUUAUCUGUGCUGUGUCUGUCACUUCUCUUGUUUCAUACUCAUUUUUCACUGGCCAGGAAAGGAGGCAGCUUUGGGAAAGGCAGCUUUGGCUCAAAGAAGACCACCUCACACAUCAGAGGCAGCACCAACACAAAAAAAAAUAAUCAGGGCUCCAGCGCUCAGGGUGGAUACCCCAAACAGCCUGGACAACCCAAUCAGGGAGGCUACCCUCUGCAAUCAGGCAGACCUGGGUAUCCAGGUAAUUACCCUCAGCAGGCAGGUGGAGGUUACCAUAACCAGUUUCCAGCACGGGGUUCUCCGUACAGUCAUGGUGGGUAUGGAGGUGGAUACAUGAACUACAAUCCAAACAACAAAGUCCUGAGCCCUCGCUAUGGGGGCAGCUUUGGAUAUGGGGGCCAUGGCACUGGGGUCGGCUCUCCCUUUUCCCACUCAGUUCAGUCGAUGGGCAUGUAUCCCUCUGAUAAAUCCAGAGGGUUCGGACGCAGUGCCGUGAUGGCAGCAGCUGGAGGAGCUAUGGCAGGAAUGGCCCUGGGCUACGGGCUAGGAAGGUUCCCCCGUCCUCCCUUCCACUUCCACUGCCCCCAAGAGGAGUACUACUACAACAACUACAUGUACAGGAAAUAUGGUACCAAGUCUACUGAUAGCAAUGACUACAGCAGAGACUACAGCUACAGCAAACCCCCUGAAACCUAUGAUAGCUACAUGGACUCCUGCAUGAAGAGAACCGACAUUCUGCCUGCGGAGAAUCAAAAGCCAGACACAGAACCAUCUGUUACCACCACAACUUCUGUCCCCCCGGCUCCAGACACUGACACAGGCAGUAACACAAUGGAGACCAACAGCACUGCAGCAGAUAACUCCUCAACCACUGCACCUUCAAGUAAACACCCCCUUAAUCAGCCUGUAGCCAAUCCUGUGCCUCCAGCUUCACAGACUGUCAGUAGUGCUGAAGACGAUGAUACAGUUAGCAUUGUGGAGAUUGGCUACCCAGCACUGAUUGACCAGAUAAAGGCCAGAAGAUGCUUGGAGCUGUACAUGGUCUACUCUGAAAAGUACUUGAAGAAAGUGACGGGUGGUGUGCAGGGAUUGAGUAUGGGCUCGCAAGGGCUUUUAGCUGUGGUCAUUAGUACUACACUGAUGCUAUUGCAUAGCAACAUGCUAGUGCUGCUGCACUGAGGCUUUUAUUAGCAGUGAAAGUGAUGGAUAAUGUUUUAAAGGAAUUAAUUUAUUAAUGGGUGGAAAUGAUUAGGGAGAGAGGAACUUCUUGCCUUUUUAAGGAGUUUCUUUAAGUGUGUGGAUUUCUACAGUUUAUUUUGUCUUAAUAUUUAAGCAAUACAUUCUCAUGUAUGUGCUUUUCAAACACACAUUUUAAAGUAUGAUAUGAGUAUGUUAACUGCAGGCAGGUUGAUGUUGGAGGACUGUCUGAUUCAAGGACAGUUCAACAAGUUGGUUAGGGAAUAGUGUUUUAAAACAUCCGUUAAAACUGGCCUUUAAAUUGGCAAUAUUCUACUAGUCUACUACAAGUAUAACUGCUUCAGACUGAGAAAGUUUACACUAAGAGCAUGACUAUUUGUAAUGGAUCAUAUCUACUCAUUUCAUAUAAGGUAUAUUUAAAUACAGAAUCUCAAACCAUAAAGACUUAUUAUAUCUGUCGGUAUUAGUUUAUUUGGAUAAACAGACUCUCUAAACAUACAGAUAAUAGUAUGCAUGUUGUCAUCCUAACACUUCUUAAAAUACAUACUUAUUAUUUGAUAUCAAAACAAAAAAAAGUGUGCUUUUCCUAAAUACUUCUAUGGGGUUUUAACAUGUUCCAUGUGUAUUGCCCUUGCCUUUUAGAGUGUGUGUAUUUUCAGAUUUGUUUGCAUACACUUGCCUCCUUUCUCCCUUCUAUCCAAUUUUUGUCUCCUUCUUUUGUUUCUGGGCAGUUCCCCGAGCCAAAUUUAUCUCUAAAUCCUACUGAAUGUCAUCUUUCAAUAUCAGUUGAGUUAAUGGCCUGCAAAUCAAGAUAUGUACAGUAGGAUUUAUACAAUAUUUUUUCUAAUCAUAAAAGCUGAUUAAUUAAAAAAAAAAUGUAAGCGGUACUCUCUGGAUUUAAUUGCAAACAGUUCAAAUUCAAAAUGUCUCUACAGGGUAUGAAAAAUUGUAAUCUGAAAAGUAAAAACUGUCAGACAAAUGUAGCGGAGUAAAAGGUAAGUUUUCCUCUAAAAUAUAGUGGAGUAGACAUAAAAAGUAGCAAAAAAUGGAAAUACUCAAGUACAAGUACCUCAAAUUUGUACUUUGUAGUAAAUGUACUUAGUUACAUUUCACCACGGCAGACUGUCGUCAUGACCACUA